AUGCCUUACUUCCGUAACUUCUCCCGCCCCGUCAUCUUCCAUCCUAACCACCGCCCCUCCUAUCCCUCCAACGGUUCCUCCCAACUCCGUUAUCAUAACUCCCGCUCCUCCUAUCCUUCUGACGGUUCCGCUCAACUCCGUCACCAGGGUCAGGGUACCCCGUCACAGUCCCGUCCCUAUAACCCUAACCACCGCCCCUCCCAUCCCUCUAACGGUUCCGUCCAACUCCGUAACCAGGGUCAGGGUAACCGCUCCGGUGCCCGCCCUCACCACAAUCCUCACCCCCGUAAUCAAAAUCAAAACCAGACCGGACCCGCCCCCAUCCGCGUCAACAUCCCCAGAAACCUCGACCUCGACAACGACACCACCAUGUCCGGCAUGCCGUCGCCCUACACGGCCGCCCAAUGGCGCCGUAUCCAAAAGGAGCGGUAUCGCCGCGAAUAUCAACGUCUCCGACAGCUCCAGCAUCAGCAACAUCACAUCCAAUCCCAGACCGGCCCCACCGACCUCGAUACUGUCAUGACCGACGCUCCGGCUUUGGAAUUGGCACCUCCCAAGCCGGCUCUGCGCUCGUCCUUCAAAUUCAAAAAUAAAAACAAAAACCGGCGUUCGUCUCCCCGCGGCGCCCGCAACCAGAAGGUGCAGCUCGAUCUCGCUAUGGCCUAUGUCUGA